AUGGUAAAUGAGUGCUUGCCGUUUCAGGCCACCCAGAAGGCAGAAGCCGUAAAACGCAAUCGUUCGCAGGACGAGGGCGCUAAAACUGUGAAAAAGCGCAAGAUGUCACACUGUUUUCACGUCCAAGCCACCCAAACUCGCGAUUUAUAUGGUGGGACGGGAUCACCUGCAAACGUCGUUGGUGGAACCGCGCCUGUGGCUUUUAAACGUAAUCGCGAGCAAACAUAUUCCAAUCGAUCACCUUUUCCCAAAGUGCAAAAAGUCAAUUAUAUGUCACAUGAAAUAGGAGGCAAUCUCAUCCCUAAUUCUUAUCAGGAUGAAUAUGGCUGCGAUUAUCCUGAAACAGAUGGGAAUGCUUAUGAAAGUCUGGGAGAUAUUGAUGUAAAUAUAAUUUUAGCUGAAAAUACCAUACAAGGCAGUGCGUUGGUGAUGGCUUUGAGUGCAGCGUUGGAAGGCAGUGCGUCGCAGUGGCUUUCACAAAUAUGUUAUCCCGAAAUAAAUUGGGCUGAGUUCAAGGAACUUUUCGUUCAGCGUUUUACCGGUGUGGAAACACCAGCUGGUCUGUUUUGGACUAUGUUAUCAACUAGCCCGACCGGCGGAAAUUGUCUCUCCAAUUAUGCAAGUCGCAUAGGGUGGGCACUCAUCAAUAAAUGGCAUAAUAUGGAUGUGGAGGAGACUGCUGUUUCUGUGACGCUUGCUCAGUUGGCUCAUAUUGAUACCAGAUUACAACGUCUAAUCUUUACUUCAAACGUGCGCACCAGGAGUGAACUACAGACCGAGCUUAAAGCUUUCACAUUCAACAAACGGAAGAAAUCUUUACAAGGAGAAACAGCUUCAACCGACAUAAAACGGCAGAAAUUUUCAACGAUAAAUUGUCAUUUUUGUGGAAAAUUGGGUCACAAGAUGGCUGAAUGUAGAGCUAGACAGCAACGUAGUCUUUCUCCCCGUGUUGCAGAGCAUAGUGGCAAGAGCGUGUUUGGUCGACAACAGCAAUCAAAUGUAACCUGUUUCAAGUGUGGCGAAGUUAGACACAUUACAACUCAUUGCAGUAAGCCCAAAAUGGACAAGGUCAAGGAUACGUGUCUGGUGAAGAGAGUGCAGAUUUGUGAAGUUGUCGAGCCCAAAGGAGAGAUGCUUCAUCACGGCGUUUUCAAGACAACAUUUGACUCUGGAUCGGAAUGUUCUUUAAUUAAACAAAAGAUAAGUGCUAAGUUAGUUGGUAAAAGAAUUAACAAUGUAGUAUUACUAAAGGGUAUUGGCAAUGACAGCAUUUGUAGUACAUUGCAAAUACUUAGCAAUGUAGAAAUUAACAACCAUUGUAUUGAAAUGUUAUUCCAUGUGUUGGGCGAUGAAUAUUUGAAGAACGAAAUUGUUAUUGUCCGAGAAAUAUUAUCGCAGGGUUUUCAUGUCAUUAUGUCACCCGGGAAAUUUGAAAUUGUCAGAUCAAAAAUUCUAAACUAUUGUUCAAAUAACGAUACAUUUUCUAAAGUGAAUACUGAUCUCGUCGGAGAAGAUAAAGAUAAAUUAAACAAUUUAUUGGAAACCUACUCGAAGUAUUUUACAAAGGGAAUUCCUUCUUCUACAGUCAGUACAGGUGAAAUGAAAAUUAAAUUAGCAGACCCCAGAAAAAUUGUUCAGAGAAGACCAUACAGACUUGGCCCAAAUGAAAGGGAGUUGGUGCGCGACAAGAUUAAAGAGUUGUUAGAAUGCAAUGUCAUAAGGGCAAGUUGUUCACCCUAUGCAAGCCCUAUGAUGUUAGUGAACAAAAAGGAUGGUUCUCACCGUUUAUGCGUUGAUUACCGUGAAUUGAAUGCUAAUUCAGUUUCAGACAGAUAUCCUCUACCUCUUAUAGUAGAUCAAAUAGCUAGACUUCAUGGAGCUAAAUAUUUCACAUGUUUAGAUAUGGCAAGUGGAUAUUACCAAAUCCCCAUGCAUGAAGAAUCGAUAGAGUGUGCGGCUUUUGUCACCCCCGAUGGCCAGUAUGAGUUUUUAUCAAUGCCGUUUGGACUCAAAAAUGCACCUUCAGUAUUCCCACGUACAGUGAUGCAUACACUUGGAGAACUUGCAAAUACAUUUGUGGUUGUCUAUAUGGAUGAUGUGUUGGUGGUGGCUGCAACAAAAAGUGAGGCUUUAGAAAGAUUACAGGUUACUCUUGACAUUCUAACGAAAGCUGGAUUUUUGUUUAAUAUUAAAAACUGUUCGUUUGCAAAGUCGACAGUUCAAUACUUGGGAUAUGAGGUGAGCGCAGGUCAAAUUCGUCCGAAUUCACUUAAAAUUUCAGCGUUAACGGCUUUACCGCCUCCUCAGUCGGCCUCUGCUUUAAGAAAAUUUAUUGGAUUGGCGUCAUAUUUUCGGCAAUUCAUGAAAGGAUUUUCCUGUUUCAUGAAGCCUUUGUAUCUUUUAACAUCGGGAAAGAACGAUUUUGUUUGGAAGCCAGAACAUGAACAAAUAAGACAGAAAGUUAUUUCUAUCCUUACAAGGAAGCCAGUUUUAGUUAUUUUUGACCCGCAAUAUCCAAUCGAAUUGCAUACUGAUGCAAGUUCUCGGGGAUACGGUGCUAUCUUAUUACAUAAAAUCAAUAAUAGGCCUCAUGUCGUUGAGUUUUCCAGCAAAGCUGCUUCACUUGCUGAGUCACGAUACCAUUCUUAUGAAUUGGAGACUCUUGCGGUUGUCAUGGCUAUAAAGCAUUUCCGACAUUAUUUAACCGGUAGAGAUUUUGUUGUUUUUACCGAUUGUAAUUCACUUAAAGCAUCAAGAACCAAACGUGAACUAUCUCCCAGGGCCCAAAGAUGGCGAGCGGUGCAAAAUAUAUCAGUAGCUGCAGCAUAUAGUAAAGACCACUUUGGUAAAACAAAGGCUAAGGUUGUUGGAUACAAUGUAGGAGAUUUUGUGUUGUUAAAAAAUGAAGAAAGGCAUCAAACAAAAUUAAGUCCAAAGCUUAGAGGUCCUUUACAAAUAGCUGAAUUGUUAGACGGAGAUAGAUAUAUCCUUAGAUCAUUGACAAAUAAUAGAAAAUAUAAGUAUGCUCACGAGAAUAUAAGAAUAUUGCCAGAGGAGUAUGUACCAGUUGAACUAGAAAGUAGUGAAGAGGCUUUAAAUGAUAGUGAAAAGGAAACUGUUGAAAGAGACAGUAAUGAAAUGAUUGAGAAAGAAACUGUUGAAAGAGACAGUAAUGAAAAGAUUGAGAAAGAAACUGUUGAAAGAGACAGUAAUGAAAAGAUUGAGAAAGAAACUGUUGAAAGAGACAGUCAUGAAAUGGUUGAAAGAGAAACUGUUGAAAGAGACAGUAUUGAUAUAAUUGAAACUGUUGAAAGAGGCAGUAUGGAUGCCUGA